AUGGAUCACAGCAACCAAAGAUGUAUAUUUUUCGGUGUUUGUUCUAUAGUGUUAAUACUAUGUGCACCAUUAUUCUGUGUGCUAAGUUUACAUUCUGCAAACGGAUCUCAGGUGAAGGUCUUUGUCGAACAAUUGUUUGUUCCUGCCAUUCUCAAUAAUUCGGUCAGUGAUUAUUCCCUGAUCAACUCCCCCGCCGUCUUCUUCAUCCUCUCACUCCACGACGACACCUACGACUACAUGGGAGUUGUCUACGAUAACAUCACUAUCAGAUUUUACUAUGUUGCGCCAAUUGCUACUACCCCUAUUGCCAACUACACAUGGCCCGGAUUUUAUCAGAAAGGUGAUCAACAUGGCUCUACAAUAGAAUGUUCCGAUUAUGUUUACACCCGAGGGAUUUCGUUCGCAGAAGUUUCGACGAAUGUGUCCGAAAUUGUUUUGCGCGUGGAUUUGGCGACUGCUUUCAGGUUUAAAUACUGGUGGCAGUGGGAAAGCAGCACACAUGAGUUAUCGAGGCAGGGCGAUGUGAAGGUGAGCACCGUGACGGGGAAGAAAACUGCACCAACUGGCAUAGAGCUCUCUCAGCACGACUCGAGGAAUUACUACAAGCCAUUCAUGGCUUUUUCUAUUUUCUUUUUUCCCCUUUUGACCCUCAUCUGGGCCGGCUCUUUACUUUAUGCUUGCAGUGACGACUGA